CUUUCCUCGCUCGCGGGACGCCGUGGCGCGAAAACCGUGCAGUCAGUGGUGUGGUAAGCCAGCAGCAGGGAGAGCAUCUCUGAGUCCUUAGCGGUAUUUAGAAGAAAUUAAUUUAUCAGACAAAAAUGGCAACCGACCUCGCAGAUGAUCAGGAGAUGAGGGAAGCUAAGAGAGACUACCUGGACUUCUUGGACGACGAUCAAGACCAGGGCAUUUACCAAAGCAAAGUCCGGGAUAUGAUCGGCAACAAUAAAGCCCGGCUCAUCGUGAACAUCAACGACCUGAGGAGGCGCAACGAGGCCCGGGCUGCGAAACUGAUGAACAAUGCGUUUCAAGAGCUGCUGGCGUUCCAGCAGGCUCUGAAGGACCUGGUAGCUUCGGUAGACGGCACCUACGCCAAGCAGCAUGAGGAGUUCUUCAUCGGCCUGGAGGGCAGCUUCGGCUCCAAGCACGUCUCCCCCCGGACCUUGACCUCCCGCCUGCUGGGCAGCAUGGUGUGUGUGGAGGGCAUCAUCACAAAGUGUUCCCUGGUCCGUCCCAAAGUGGUGCGCAGCGUUCACUACUGUCCUGCCACUAAGAAGACGAUGGAGAGAAAGUACACAGACAUGACCUCCCUGGAUGCCUUCCCUUCUAGUGCCAUUUACCCCACUAAGGAUGAGGAGAACAACCCGCUGGAGACAGAAUUUGGUCUGUCCGUCUACAAGGACCACCAGACCAUCACGGUGCAGGAGAUGCCAGAGAAGGCCCCUGCUGGCCAACUGCCUCGCUCUGUGGACAUUAUCCUGGACAACGACCUGGUGGAUUUGGCCAAACCAGGAGACAGAGUGCAGGUGAUCGGAACGUACCGCUGCCUGCCCGGGAAGAAGGGAGGGUUUACCUCUGGCACUUUCAGGACAAUCAUGAUAGCGUGUCACGUGAAACAAAUGAGCAAGGAGGUGUCUCAGUCCUUCUCUGCCGACGACGUGGCCAAAAUCAGGAACUUCAGUCGGACUCGCUCCAUAAACGUGUUUGACCAGCUGGCCCGGUCGCUGGCUCCCAGUAUCCAUGGGCAUGACUACAUCAAGAAAGCCAUCCUCUGCAUGCUGCUGGGAGGGGUGGAGAAGGUUCUGGAGAACGGCACCCGCAUCCGAGGAGACAUCAACGUCCUGCUCAUCGGCGACCCAUCGGUGGCCAAAUCCCAGCUGCUGCGGUACGUGCUCCACACAGCUCCCAGAGCCAUCCCCACCACCGGCCGAGGUUCCUCCGGUGUGGGUCUGACUGCCGCCGUCACCACUGAUCAGGAGACGGGAGAGCGGCGCCUGGAGGCGGGCGCCAUGGUGCUGGCCGACCGCGGCGUGGUGUGCAUCGACGAGUUUGACAAGAUGUCCGACAUGGACCGCACAGCCAUCCAUGAGGUGAUGGAGCAGGGCCGGGUCACCAUCGCCAAGGCCGGCAUCCACGCCCGGCUUAACGCCCGCUGCUCUGUGCUGGCGGCGGCCAACCCGGUCUAUGGCAGGUACGACCAGUACAAAACCCCCAUGGAUAACAUUGGCCUUCAGGACUCGCUGCUGUCGCGAUUUGACCUGCUCUUCAUCAUGCUGGACCAGAUGGACCCUGAACAGGACCGAGAGAUCUCUGACCAUGUGCUGAGGAUGCAUCGAUACCGCGACCCCCGGGAGCAGGAGGGAGCAGCUAUGGUCUUGGGUGGGUCAGUGGACGUGCUGGCCACAGAUGACCCAGACGCCAUGGCCGAGGAUCAUGAGGAGCUGCAGAUUUAUGAGAAACACAACAACCUGCUGCAUGGAAGCAAGAAAAAGAAGGAUAAGAUUUUGAGUAAAGAGUUUAUGAGGAAGUACAUCCAUAUCUCUAAGAUUAUUACACCUGUGCUGACCGAGGAAGCAGCCAAUCACAUUGCAGAGGAGUACUCGAGGCUGAGGAGCCAGGAGCAGAUGGCGGCGGAUAUCGCCAGGACCUCCCCAGUGACGGCCCGGACUUUAGAGACCCUGAUCCGUCUCUCCACGGCGCACGCCAAGGCCCGCAUGAGCAAGGCUGUGGAGCUGGAGGACACGGAGGUUGCCGUGGAGUUGGUCCAGUUUGCCUACUUUAAAAAGGUUCUUGAGAAGGAGAAGAAGCGCUCGAGGCAGGAGCGCGACUCUGAUUCAGAGGAAGAGGACAACGAAGAGGCGCCGGCCAGCCAGCGCUCACAAAGAACUCUGAAGAGGGGGCGCCUUGGCUCUCAGGGCAGCGAGCCCUACAGCCCGUAUGACUUCAGCGAAGAACAGGACGUCCCUGAAAUUCAGGCUGGCACCCCGAAACCAGCCAAACCUCAGCAGGAGGAACCCAUGGAGGCCACGUCAAAGACUGAAGGCGCUGAACUGUCUGCUGAGAGGCUGAAAGAGUUCAAGUUGUCUCUGUUCGGCGUUUUCCAGUCGGCUCACGCACAGUCGGUGAAGAUGACGAAGCUCAUGGAUGAGGUCAACAAGGAGCGCGAACGCCAGUUCACAGAGCCCGAGGUCCGCGCUGCCCUCGCCCGCAUGCAGGACAAUAACCAGGUCAUGGUGGCUGACGACAUCGUCUUCCUCAUCUGAGGAAAGAUGGUUUCCCAAAACCAAGUCAUACAUCCCUGGAAAGAAGCAGUGGAAUAUGAACACCACAUACUGGGAUACCUGGUCCUUGCUUUAUUAAAUGCUCUUGUACAGAAAAGCUCCAGGAGGUUAAUGCAUGUAUCUGUUCACUUCCUUCUGUUGUCUUUAAAGAAACCAACCUGGAAGCUGUUGUGUUCUGAUCCGGUAUUCAAUGAAACCGACAUAAUGUGGUGUCUGCUUCAGUUAUAAAUCUGUAAAUAGUUGACAUGUUUUUCAAAUAAAUGUAGCUGUAAUAAAAAAAUAAAUCAAAUUAAAUGUUUUGGUGUACCAUAA